AUGGAAAUCGUGGCACCCUAUCUGCUCCCGCAAGUAACCACCAACAUGACAACCUUGAGCGUUGGAAACGAUACCUGGAUUGAGACGGGGGGCAGCCAGCAUAGCCAGGCGAACUGUCGUUCCAUACCCAUGUUUGGGCCACAAGGCUUCCAUGACAUGUUCUCCUGGGCUUCAGAUCCGGCAGUCUCCGAGUAUGUCGGUCAAAGGUCGGUGGCCGGACGCAGCUGCACGCAGUGGCGAUUGCGGGCUUCAAGCUCUAUCAUCAACGAGACUUUGUGUGCAGACGGAGACAUCCCGGUUGAGCUGAACAUCUCCAUGAAGAGCAGCGCGGGAGGUGUGACGAAGGAGACGCACGCAAGCUAUCAGUUUGAUCCCUUGAGCACUGAAGUUGAUUCGAGCCUCCUGGAGAAGCCUUACAUUUGUGACCAUGUGGCCCCUCCCUGUGAAAACGGGCGUGGGGUGGGCCCUCUGACUCUGGAUGCCUAUGUGUUUCAUCCGGGCCUGUCAGCCAUUGAUUAUAGCAUCGAGGAUCAGAACGUGGCCGACUUGCGUGGUGAUGCUCUCUUCAUUUGCUUCGAUCUCUUGUCGAACCAAAGCUCGUUUGCAGACCACAACUACUCGUUGAUCUCCCGCUACUCCCUGCAGCUCUCCCCGGCCUUCGGCCAGUAUGCGGCUUGCAAUGGCUACCCGGACACCAAGCCCAAGGGCCCGGUGUGCAUUGGCGGUGAUACGCGAUUAGCUGGCAAGGAAGCGCCCUUCUUCGGGGGCGAGGGUGAGAGCAGGUGCGCCGACGAGAGCCCUUUGGGCUUCUGGUACAGCUUACCCAAGGCGGGUCACUGUCCCCCGGGGCAGGCGCCUUCGACAACAGCGUCGGAGUCAGGAUGCACAUGGUCCAUCAUCAAGCGUGCAAAGACCAUCCAUCAGACUUGCUUGAUCAAGGACCAUAAUUUCCUAGCAAGCUGCAAAGCAGACUUUGCGCAGAAGGACUUUGCAAGAAGUUCGGCUGCCUUGUCAGCUGCUUUCGAGUCGGAGGACUUCUCCAAGGGUGGUUGUCCCGACAUUGGCGGACCUGACAGCAAGGAAGACGUGGCGUCUUUUGUGGUGUAG